AGUUAUUCCUCCUGCCCAAGAAAAAAAAAAAACUAUAUAAAUUAAUUUAUAUACCAGCUAAAAAAAUGACAAAUAUUCAAUUAUAAUUAAAAAAAAAAAAAUAACUUUUUACUUAAUAGAAAAUUACAAAAAAUAAAAGUGAAAGAAUUACGAAAAAUUAGAAAUCAAUAUUUUUUCGUGUUGGAUUUGGAUUUGUUGAACGAGUGUAAAAAAAAAUAAUUGUCAUUGCGUGCUGCUGCUGCUGCUGCUGCCGUCAUCAUUUCAUACCACUGCUUGCAACCUGCCGCUGCCGUGCCGUGACAUUUGAAUGUUUGUGAAGCAAACACUAAUCAACUCCUGUCCUGAGUCCUGCCUGAUAGAAAACCAAAAGUAUUUACAACAAUUUAAAUCACAAUGUCAUCGUCAGCUAUAUACGUUCUCGAUGUUAAAGGAAAGGUUUUAAUAUCUCGAAAUUAUCGCGGUGAUAUUGAUAUGUCAGUGAUUGACAAAUUCAUGCCAUUGCUAAUGGAACGCGAAGAAGAAGGCUUAAUAACACCAAUCCUCCAAAUGGCCGAAUGCACAUUCGCCUACAUCAAGACAAACAAUUUGUACAUUGUUUCGACGACACGAAAGAAUGCAAACAUUGCUCUAAUAUUCGUAUUCCUUCACAAGAUUGCCCAUGUCUUUGUCGAGUAUUUCAAAGAACUCGAAGAGGAAAGUAUUCGCGAUAAUUUCGUUGUAAUUUAUGAAUUACUAGACGAAUUAAUAGACUUUGGCUAUCCGCAAACAACUGACAGUAAGAUCUUGCAAGAAUACAUAACACAAGAAGGCCACAAAUUGGAAAUACAACCCCGAAUACCGAUGGCAGUGACAAAUGCUGUUUCGUGGCGUUCGGAGGGUAUUAAAUAUCGCAAGAAUGAGGUGUUUUUGGAUGUAAUUGAGUCGGUUAAUUUGUUGGCCAAUGCAAAUGGGAAUGUGUUGCGUAGCGAAAUUGUUGGUGCAAUUAAAAUGAGAGUUUAUCUGUCGGGAAUGCCAGAGUUGCGUCUGGGAUUGAAUGAUAAGGUUUUGUUUGAAAGUACUGGACGUGGGAAAUCCAAGUCGGUGGAGUUGGAAGAUGUGAAAUUCCAUCAGUGUGUUCGAUUGUCAAGGUUUGAGAAUGAUCGUACAAUUUCGUUUAUUCCUCCUGAUGGUGAAUUUGAAUUAAUGUCUUAUCGAUUAAAUACACAUGUUAAGCCAUUAAUAUGGAUCGAAUCGGUUAUUGAACGUCAUGCUCAUAGUCGUGUUGAAUAUAUGAUCAAAGCCAAAUCGCAAUUUAAACGUCGUUCGACGGCAAAUAAUGUUGAAAUUGUCAUUCCAGUGCCAGGUGAUGCUGAUUCGCCUAAAUUUAAAACUUCAAUUGGCAGUGUGAAGUAUGCGCCUGAACAAAACGCCAUCACAUGGACAAUAAAAUCUUUUCCGGGAGGAAAGGAAUAUUUAAUGCGUGCUCAUUUCGGCCUUCCCAGUGUCGAAUGCGAAGAAACCGAAGGCAAACCACCAAUUCAAGUUAAAUUUGAAAUCCCUUACUUUACUACAUCUGGCAUUCAGGUUCGUUAUUUGAAAAUUAUUGAAAAAAGUGGAUAUCAGGCUUUGCCAUGGGUGCGCUAUAUUACCCAAAACGGUGAUUACCAGUUGCGAACCAAUUAAGCAACAAAAUUAUCCCCUCCUAAUCAUUGUCUACUGUUAAACAAAACAUAAAA